AUGGAGUCGAGCGCAAAGGGCGUCAAGCUCUCUCCGCUCAAUGGAGCCGCCAAAGCGCCCCCGCUCUUCGGCACCGACCCAGACCUGAUCUCGGCGUCGCUGGAGCGGCGCCUUCUGCCGCCGCUCGAGCAGCACGACGAUGAGACCGGCACGGAGCCCAGCUCCGAGUCGGCGUACGGCAUGCCGCGCGUCGUGCUGGCGCCUUGGCACGCCGGCAUGCCCCUGUACGAGGGCACCAUCGAGGAGGACUUCGUCGGGACCAUCGACUCCGGCAACGACGUGAUCCAGUAUUACGCCAGGUACGGCCACAACGCGCGCAUCAAGGUGUUCUUCCUCGUCCGUGCGCACCAGCGCGGCGAGGGCAGCCCGUACGACCUCAUCCCGGUGCCGCGCGCCGCGGUGCUGCAUGUGGACCAUCACACCAUCACCGCGGCGGGCGUCGAGGAGUUCUUCACCGACGGGUCGGCCCCGGAGUACACGCCCGUCGGGGAGUGGCUCCGCGAGCAGUCCAUCUUCAACCUGAUGCAGCAGAUGCGGUUCUUCAAGUUUUACCGCCUGACGCGCUUCUUCCGCCGGUGGCGCAACCACACGCACCGCCUGCGGUUCGAGGCCCUGCGCGACACGUGCCGCACGCGCGGCUUCGUCGCGCAGCCCGCGUUCUGCCAGUGCCUCAACGACGUCCGCGGCGUCUGCCAGGACAUUGCCAGCACCGCCUCGCUCCCGCUCGAGGACGGCCGCGUCUACCUGCUCGGCGAGUUCUGCGCGCAGCAGGACGAGCACCGCACGGGCAAGCUCGCGUGGGCGCUCGAGACGCAGGUCUCCGUCGCGCAGCGCUCCCUGCUGCGCGUCAUACUGGAGGUGACCAAACAGGAGGCCGAAGUCGGGCGCGAGGUGGCCGAGUUCGAGUCGGACCCGAGCAAGGGCGCGCGGUUCGGGAAGAGCACGGUGAAGACGCGGAUGCGGUACAUGGAGAAGGCGCAGCUGCACCGCGUGCUCGCGCGCCUCGUGGCCUCGCUGCCCAACUUGGUGCGUAUGUCCGACUUCAUGGUCGUUUCCGCGCUGACGUCGCUCGUGACGUCCACGCUCGAGGACUUCCACGAGGUGUUCAAGCAGCGCGGGCUCUUCCGCGUGCACGUCGAGCUCGAGCCGCUCCCCGAGGACGCGCAGCCGACCACCAACGAGGACGGCGAGGAGGUGCCGCCCGCGGGGACGCAGAAGUUCACGCCGGACCGCGAGGAGGUGCAGCGGCUCGCGCUCGACGCGCUCAUCACGGGCUUCGUCGACCUCGUGAAGGGCGUGCCGCGGCUGCUGUACAACGAGCACUUCACGGCGCUCUUCAGCAAGCAGCUCGGGCGCGCGCCGAUCGGGCCGGACCUGCCGACGCUCACGCUGACGUCGAAGCAGCUGAACGCCGCGCGCAUGGGCUGCGAGCGGGCCAUCUCCGCGGCGUUCAAGGAGGCCGCGGAGUACGCCAGGGUGUUUGAGGACCUGCGGAUGAUCGACCGGUUCCAGGCGAGCUGGGACGCCGAGGAGUACCGGUCGCGGCCGCUGACGGUCGGGCAGUUCCGGAAGGACAUGGCGCUGAUGCGGUCGUGGCACCAGCAGGUGGACGCGCUCCGCGGCGAGCAGCGCUGCGGCAUGCUGAUCGUCGACUGCAGCGUGCUGCAAGAGCGGCUGCACGGCAUCAUCGAGGGCGCGCUCGACACCAUGCGCGACAUGCUGGCGAGCACGGCGCGCUCGGAGGCCGAGGGCGUGCUCGAGACGUUCCAGGCGCACACGACCAGCAUGCAGCAGCGACCCAAGGGGCUGCACGAGUUCGCGGGGUUCCUGGAACAGUACGUCUCGCUCACGGGCAACAUGGAGCAGAUCCGCGGGUCCUGCGCGCUCGUCGAGGAGAUGUACGAGAUGCUGCAGUCCUACGAGGCCAAGAUCUCCGAGGCGGACAAGCUGCUCCUGGACGACAUGCGCGACAUGCUGGUGGCGUUCACGCGCGUGGUGGACGACGCGUCGCUGUUCGUGGAGGACAAGAAGGAGAGCGUCAUCGCGGAGCUGGACGCCGAGGUGGAGACGCUGUUCGAGGGGCUGCAGCACGUGGUGACGGACGUGCGGUCGGGGCGGUUCGACGACGACGCGUCGGAUCCCGCGGAGACCGUGGACGAGCUCGAGCGGCUCGCGAAGGUGUUUGGCGAGAUCGAGGCGCUCUCGACGAAGUUCGCGCGGUACCAGGAGCUGCUGAGCCUGGACGUGACGGACUUCUCGAGCGUGCACAUGGCGGGGCGCGAGCUCACGUGGCAGCGCAACAAGUGGCACGAGCUGCACGCGUUCAACGCGAUGCGCCAGGAGUGGAUGACGGCCAACACGAAGACGCUCGACCCGGAGGCCAUCCAGACGAAGGUCGACGAGGCGCUGAAGAGCAACUACAAGAUGCUGAAGAUGCGCAAGGACGACGAGGUCUGCGUGCGGACGAAGAAGGAGAUCGAGGCGUUCAAGGUCUACGUGCCGCUGCUGACGGAGCUGGCGAACCCGGCCAUCAUGGACCGGCACUGGACGCAGAUCUUCGCGGUGGUGUCGCAGGAGUACGCGGCGGGGGAGACGACGGUCAACGCGCAGGACCUGGUGGCGUGGGGCGUCCUCGAGCGCAUGGAGGAGGUCGAGGCCAUCGCGGGGAACGCGACGAAGGAGUUCUCGAUGCUCAAGAACCUGGACAAGAUGGAGGCGGAGUGGGAGGGGCAGGACGUGCGGUGCAUCCCCUACAAGGACUCGGGCACGCACAUCAUCGGCGGCACGGACGACAUCCAGACCAUCCUGGACGACCAGAUCGUCAAGAUCCAGGCCAUGAACUCGUCGCCCUUCAUCAAGCCGUUCGCGGAGCGCGCCAAGGCCUGGGAGGUGGGCCUGGCGCGGCUGCAGGAGAUCCUGGACAACUGGCUGGCCGUGCAGGCCACGUGGCUGUACCUCGAGCCGAUCUUCUCGUCCGAGGACAUCGUCAAGCAGAUGCCCGAGGAGGGCGCGAAGUUCGCGCAGGUCGACGAGACGUGGCGCGAGAUGAUGCGCGUCACCGUCGAGGCGCCCAACGUCAUCGCCAUCGCGGGCGACCAGGAGCGCCUCGACUCGCUCAUCCACUCCAACGCCCUGCUCGAGGAGAUCCAGAAGGGCCUCGCGGCGUACUUGGAGAAGAAGCGGCUCUUCUUCCCGCGGUUCUUCUUCCUCUCCAACGACGACAUGCUGGAGAUCCUGUCCGAGACCAAGGACCCGACGCGCGUGCAGCCGCACCUGCGCAAGUGCUUCGAGGGCAUCGACCGCCUGAGCUUCACCGAGGACCUGACGAUCACGUCGAUGGUGUCGGUCGAGGGCGAGCAGAUCCCGUUCAAGGACGUCGUCGACACCGUCAAGGCGCGCGGCGCCGUCGAGCGGUGGCUGCUCGAGGUGGAGCAGGCCAUGUUCGACUCGGUGCACGAGGAGACGGCCAAGGGGCUGGCGGCGUACGCGACGCAGGAGCGGCACGAGUGGGUGCUGCAGUGGCCCGGCAUGGUGGUGCUGGUCGUGACGGCGACGUACUGGACGGAGGGCGUGCACGCCGCGCUGGCCGACGGGCAGCUCGCGGCCUACGAGGAGAAGUGCACGUCGGAGCUGCUCAAGAUCGUGGACCGCGUGCGCGGGGAGCUCACGGGGCUGCAGCGCGCGACGCUGGGCGCGCUCGUGGUGAUGGACGUGCACGCGCGCGACGUGUGCACCACGCUGGUGAAGAACAAGGUGGAGAGCGACAAGGACUUCGAGUGGACUGCGCAGCUGCGGAGCUACUGGGAGGACGACGCGGAGGAGGUGCGGGAGAAGACGGUGAUGAUGCGCAUGAUGUCGGCGCAGGUCGAGUACGGCUACGAGUACCUCGGCAACUCGUCCCGCCUCGUCAUCACCCCGCUGACGGACCGGUGCUAUCGCACGCUGAUGGGCGCCAUCCACAUGACGCUCGGCGGCGCGCCCGAGGGCCCCGCGGGCACCGGCAAGACGGAGACGACCAAGGACCUGGCCAAGGCUCUGGCGCGGCAGUGCGUGGUGUUCAACUGCUCGGACCAGCUCGACCACAUCGCGAUGGGCAAGUUCUUCAAGGGCCUGGCGUCGGCGGGCGCGUGGGCGUGCUUUGACGAGUUCAACCGCAUCAACCUCGAGGUGCUGUCGGUGGUGGCGCAGCAGGUGCUGGACAUCCAGCGCGCGAUCGGGGCGCGGCUGACGCGCUUCACGUUCGAGGGCACGGAGCUGCAGCUCAAGUGGAGCGCCUGGGCGUCCAUCACCAUGAACCCCGGGUACGCAGGGCGGUCGGAGCUCCCGGACAACCUCAAGGCGCUGUUCCGGACGGUGGCGAUGAUGGUGCCGGACUACGCGAUGAUCGCGGAGAUCAUCCUGUUCAGCUACGGGUACCUCAAGGCGCGCGAGUCGGCGAAGAAGAUCGUGCAGUGCUACAAGCUGUGCUCGGAGCAGCUCUCGAGCCAGGACCACUACGACUACGGCAUGCGCGCGGUGAUGGCGGUGCUGCGCGCGGCGGGCAACCUCAAGCGGCGGUACCCCAGCGAGGACGAGUUCGUGCUCAUGCUGCGCUCGAUCAUCGACGUCAACCUCUGCAAGUUCCUCAGCCAGGACGUGCCGCUCUUCCAGGGCAUCAUCAGCGACCUCUUCCCCGGCGUCGUCCUCCCCAAGGCCGACUACGACGCCAUGGAGGGGUGCAUGCGCGACGCCUGCGUGGAGAUGAACCUCCAGCCCACGCCGUACUUCUUCCUCAAGUGCAUCCAGCUCUACGAGAUGAUCAUCGUGCGCCACGGCCUCAUGGUCGUCGGCCUGCCCUUCUCCGGGAAGACGAGCUCGAUCCGCGUGCUGAGCGCCGCGCUGACGCUCAUGCAUGAGCGCGGCCUCGAGGGGCAGGACCAGGUCGAGACGCACGUGAUCAACCCCAAGGCGGUGACCAUGGGGCAGCUCUACGGGCAGUUCGACCCCGUCUCGCACGAGUGGUCGGACGGCGUGCUCGCCGUCAAGUUCCGCACGUGCGCAGUCGACCGCACGACGAAGCGCAAGUGGCUCAUCCUGGACGGCCCCGUCGACGCCAUCUGGAUCGAGAACAUGAACACGGUGCUCGACGACAACAAGAAGCUCUGCCUCAACUCGGGCGAGAUCAUCCAGAUGUCGACAAACCACACGAUGAUGUUCGAGGUCAUGGACCUCGCCGUCGCGUCGCCGGCGACCGUCUCGCGCUGCGGGAUGGUCUACCUCGAGCCGCACCAGCUCGGGUGGCAGCCGCUGACGCACUCGUGGCUCGCGGCGCUGCCGGGGCACUUUGACGAGGAAAUCAAGGGGCACCUCCUGCACCUGUUCAACGGCCUCGUGCCCGUGUGCCUGCGCUUCGUGCGCCGCGAGAUCAAGGAGGCCAGCCCCACGCUGGACGCCAACCUCGUGUCGACGCUCAUGCGCAUCUUCACGUCGUGCGCGGACCACCUGGCCGACGCGGACGGCUACGCCGCGCUCAGCCCGGACACGCGCAAGCGCCACGUCGAGGCGGUCUUCCUGUUCUCGCUCGUGUGGUCGAUCGGCGCCACGUCGCUGCUGACCGACCACCGCGUACUCUUCGGGCGCAUGCUCACCGCCGCGACGACGGGCAAGCUCGCGGGCUUCGCGGGCCCGAGCGGCGAGGUGUACGGCGAGGAGGAGGAGGACAUCCCCGAGGGCCUGAUCACGCUGGACGCGUCGUCGAUGCCGCUGCUGGACCACGGCACGUCGUGGCACGACUGGUUUUUCGACCCCGCGCACAACAAGGGUACGUGGCGGCAGUGGCAGGACAUCAUGGACGACUCCCCGAUCCCGCGCGAGGCCACGUUCCGGAAGAUCAUCGUCCCGACGGUCGACACAGUGCGCUACGCCUACCUGCUCGACCUGGCGGUAAAGCACAACCAGUGCAUGCUCCUGGUCGGGCCGACGGGCACGGGCAAGUCGAUCUACAUCGAGAAGUACAUCAGCUCGCUCCCCGCGGAGACGUACGCGCCGCCGAUCAUCGUCAACUUCUCGGCGCGCACCACGGCCAACAUGACGCAGUACAUGAUCGACGGGAAGCUCGACCGCCGCCCGCCGAAGCGCCUGGGGCUGUACGGCCCGCCGCAGAACAAGCGCGGCGUCGUCUUCGUCGACGACCUCAACAUGCCGACCAAGGAGGAGUACGGCGCGCAGCCGCCCAUCGAGCUCCUGCGGCAGUGGAUGGACCACGGCGGGUGGUACGACCGGUCCAACAUGUUCCGCACGAUCAAGGACGUGCUGUUCGUCGCCGCGAUGGGCCCUCCGGGCGGCGGGCGCACCGAGGUGACGGCGCGCUACAUGCGGCACUUCAACACCGUGGCCAUCACCGAGGCCGACGACCCGACGCUGCACAAGAUCUUCGGGACGAUCAUGGAGUGGUUCGUGGCGCGCGAGCGCCUCCCGGACAACAUCGCGGAGCUCUCCGAGCCCGUGGUGACCGCCACGAUGGACGUCUACAAGAAGGUGGCCAACAGCCUGUUGCCGACGCCAACCAAGUCGCACUACACGUUCAACCUUCGGGACAUCUCGCGCGUGGUCCAGGGCCUCAUCCUGGUCAAGAAGGACACGCUCCCGACGGGCGACGCCGGGAAGCAGUACGUGACGCGGCUGUGGAUGCACGAGACGCUGCGCAUCUUCUACGACCGGCUGACGGACGCCGGGGACCGCACGUGGUUCCUCGAUUACCUCAAGCCCGUCGUGCAGGAGCGCUUCGGGUACGACUGCAAGAAGCUGCUCGCGCACCUGCUCCGCGACGGCCAGGUCAACACCGAGGCGCUGCGCCGCAUGUUCUUCGGCGACUUCAUGGACGAGAACGACGACCCGGCGCAGCGGCGGUACGUCGAGGUCAAGGACGUGGCCGCGCUGACGGCGCGCAUGGAGGAGCACCUCGUGGACUACAACGCGAUGUCGAAGCGCCCGAUGAACCUGGCCAUCUUCCUGUACGCGUGCGAGCACCUGUCGCGCAUCUGCCGCGUGCUCAAGCAGCCCGGCGCGCACAUGCUCAACGUCGGCGUCGGCGGGUCCGGCCGGCAGUCGCUCUCGCGGCUCGCCGCCAACAUCUCCGGCAUGGAGACCUUCCAGAUUGAGAUUUCCAAGUCUUACACGAUGACGGAGUGGCGCGAGGACCUGAAGCGCAUCACGCGGGCCGCGGGCGGGCAGGGCAAGCCGAGCGUCUUCCUGUUCAGCGACACGCAGAUCAAGCAGGAGUCGUUCGUGGAGGACAUCAACAACCUGCUCAACGUGGGCGAGGUGCCCAACAUGUUCCCGUACGACGAGCGGUCGGCGGUGCGCGAGGAGUGCCGCGUGCUCGCGAAGAAGGAGGGCGUCACGCUCGAGACCGAGGAGGAGCAGUGGCGCUUCUUCAUCGACAAGACGAAGGAGAACCUGCACGUGGUGCUGUGCUUCUCGCCCGUGGGGGACGCCUUCCGCGAGCGGCUGCGGCAGUUCCCGUCGCUGGUCAACUGCUGCACGAUCAACUGGUUCACCGAGUGGCCCGACGACGCGCUCGAGGCGGUCGCGACCAAGUUCUUGGCCGAGGUGGACCUGACGGCGAAGCAGCGCACGGACGUGACGGUCAUGUGCAAGACCUUCCACAAGGACAUCGUGACUCUGUCGGACGACUUCAAGCGGCAGACGGGGCGGUUUAACUACGUCACGCCCACGUCGUACCUCGAGCUGUUCACCAUGUUCAAGAUGCUCCUCGGCAGUCAGCGCGAGAAGGUUGCCAGCGCGCAGAAGCGGUACGAGAUCGGGCUCGAGAAGCUCAACUUCGCGGCGGACCAGGUCGCCGCGAUGCAGAAGGAGCUGCAGGACCUGAUCCCGGUCCUGAACGACACGGUCGCGGAGACGGAGCAGCUCAUGGCGCAGGUCGCCAAGGAGAAGACAGAGGUGGUGGAGCCGAAGAAGGCCGUGGUGGACGUGGAGGUGCAGAAGGCGUCGGUGGCCGCGGAGGAGGCGAACAGCAUCAAGCAGGAGUGCGAGGACGCGCUGGCGGAGGCGAUGCCGGCGCUGGAGGCCGCGCUGUCGGCGCUGGACACGAUCAAGCCCGCCGACAUCAAGCUGGUGCAGUCGUUCAAGAACCCGCCCGCGGCGAUCAAGCUGGUGAUGGAGGCGGUGUGCGUGAUGAUGGGGAUCAAGGCGGCGCGGGUGCAGGACCCGACGGGCACGGGGAAGAAGAUCGAGGACUUUUGGGAGCCGUCGAAGAAGCUCCUGUCCGACUCGACCUUCAUCCAGCAGCUCAAGACGUACGACCGCGACAACAUCCCGGAGAAGACGAUCACGACGAUCCGCGAGAAGUACAUCGCGUCGGAGGACUUCACCGUGGAGAAGGCGGCGAACGCAGCGGCGGCGGCCGCGGGGCUGGCCAAGUGGGUGUUUGCCAUGUCGGAGUACGACCGCGCGGCGAAGAUCGUGGCGCCGAAGAAGGCGGAGCUCGCGAUCGCGGAGGCCAAGUACGCGGAGGUGAAGGCGGCGCUCGACGAGAAGCAGGCGGAGCUGAAGGAGGUGAUGGAGAAGCUGGCGGUGAUGGAGCAGCAGCUCGAGGACUGCGUGGCGAAGAAGGAGAGGCUCGAGGCCGAGGUGGGGCUGUGCAAGGAGAAGCUCGAGCGCGCGGAGAAGCUCAUCGGCGGGCUCGGCGGCGAGAAGGACCGCUGGACGGCGUCGGCGACGGAGCUCGGGCGGCAGUUCACGGCGCUGACGGGCGACAUGCUCAUCUCCGCGGGCGUGAUGGGGUACCUCGGCGCGUUCACGAUGCCGUUCCGCGAGAAGACGACGGUCUCGUGGGUCGCGCUCUGCAAGAAGAUGGAGAUUCCGUGCUCGCCCAAGUUCAGUCUGACGGCGUGCCUGGGCGACCCGGUGAAGAUCCGCGACUGGGGCAUCGACGGGCUCCCGAACGACACGUUCUCGAUCGACAACGCCAUCAUCAUGAGCAACUCGCGCCGGUGGCCGCUCAUGAUCGACCCGCAGGGGCAGGCCAACAAGUGGAUUAAGAACAUGGAGAAGUCCGACCUGCGGACCAUCAAGCUGACCGACAAGGACUACCUGCGCCCGCUCGAGAACGCCAUCCAGUUCGGCCUCCCCGUCCUCCUCGAGAACGUCGGCGAGGAGCUCGACCCGUCCUUGGAGCCGCUGCUGCUCAAGGUGGUGUUCAAGCAGGGCGGGAUCAACUACAUCCAGCUGGGCGACAACCAGAUCGAGUUCAGCGACCAGUUCCGGUUCUACAUCACGACGUCGUACCGCAACCCGCACUACCUCCCGGAGACGGCCGUGAAGGUCACGCUGCUGAACUUCAUGAUCACGCAGGACGGGCUCAGCGACCAGCUGCUCGGCGUGGUGGUGGCCGAGGAGCGCCCGGACCUGGAGGAGCAGCGGCAGCAGCUCGUCGUGCAGAGCGCGGAGAACAAGCGCCGGCUGAAGGAGAUCGAGGACCGCAUCCUGCACGUGCUGUCGAGCUCGCAGGGCAACAUCCUGGAGGACGAGCAGGCGAUUCAGAUCCUGUCCGAGGCCAAGGUGGUGUCGAACGAGAUCGAGGAGAAGCAGCAGGUGGCGGACGAGACGCAGCGGGAGAUCGACGAGGCGCGGCGCGGGUACGCCCCCUGCGGCGCGUUCAACUCGGUGCUCUUCUUCUGCAUCGCCGACCUGGCGGGGAUGGACCCGAUGUACCAGUACAGCCUGGCGUGGUUCAUCAAGCUCUUCGUGCGGUCGAUCCGCGAGAGCGAGAAGUCCGACGACCUCUCCGCGCGCCUCAAGACCAUCAACGACUACUUCACGUACUGCCUCUACCAGAACGUGUGCCGCUCGCUCUUCGAGAAGGACAAGCUGCUCUUCGCGUUCCUGCUCGACGUGCGCAUCAUGUCCGCGGCGGGGACGCUCUCCGCCACGGACUACAAUUUCCUCCUCACGGGCGGCGUGGGCAUCGAGCCCGUCGACGUGGCCAAGCCCGACGCCUCGUGGCUGUCGCCCAAGUCCUGGGGCGAGAUCACGCGCGCCGCGGCGACGCUCUCCGGGUUCGAGACGCUCCCGCAGCACAUCGUCGCGAACACCGAGGACUGGCGGCAGAUCUACGACGCCCCCGAGCCCGAGAAGUCGGACUUCCCGGGGGAGUACAACAGCUCGUUCUCGACCUUCCAGAAGAUCAUCCUCCUGCGCUGCCUGCGCCCGGACAAGGUCGUGCCGGCGGUGCGCGCGUUCGUGGCCGCCACCAUGGGCCAGCGCUUCAUCGAGCCGCCGCCGUUCGACCUCGAGGGGUCCUACCGGGAGUCGUCGUGCGUCGUGCCGCUCCUCUUCGUGCUGUCGCCCGGGUCGGACCCGACCGCCGCGCUGCUGUCGUUCGCGGACGGCAUGGGGUACGGCUCGAAGAUCGGGGUCAUCUCCAUGGGGCAGGGGCAGGGCCCCAAGGCCGCGAAGCUCAUCGAGGAGGGGCGCAAGGCCGGGUCGUGGGUGCUGCUGCAGAACUGCCACCUGGCGGCGUCCUGGAUGCCCGAGCUGGAGCGCAUCGUCGAGGGCAUCACCACGGAGAACACCGACUCGAACUUCCGGCUGUGGCUCACGUCGAUGCCGUCCCCGGCGUUCCCCGUGAGCAUGCUGCAGAACGGCGUGAAGAUGACCAACGAGCCGCCCGCGGGCCUGCGCGCCAACAUGCGGCGGUCGCUGGCGCUGGACCCGAUUUGCACGUCGGAGUUCUUCGAGCAGAUCGACGGCGAGGAGGACAAGCUGCGCUCCCUCAAGCGCAUGGUCUUCGGGCUGGUGUUCCUGCACGCCUUCGUGCAGGAGCGCCGCAAGUACGGCCCGAUCGGGUGGAACAUCCCGUACGGCUUUGACGACAGCGACCUGCGCAUCUCGGUGCGGCAGCUCAAGAUGUACCUCGAGCACGACGACGACAUCCCCUUCGCGGCGCUGAUCUACGCCAUCGGCGAGUGCAACUACGGCGGGCGCGUGACGGACGACAAGGACCGCCGGCUGCUCAUGACCAUCCUGCGCCGCAUCUACCGGCCAGAGAUCCUCGAGCCCGGGUUCAACCUGUCGGCCUCCGGCACGUACUACAUCCCGGAGGAGGGCCCGCUCGCGCACUACGUCGAGUACGUGCACACGCUGCCGAUGAGCGCGCUGCCGGAGGCGUUCGGGCUGCACGAGAACGCUGACAUCACAAAGGACUUGCAGGCGACGGACGAGAUGCUCAGCAUGCUGCUGGUCGCCGGCGGCGGGACGGGCGGCGGCGAGGGCGGGCAGGAGGCCACCGUGGCGGCCAUGGUCAAGGACAUCCUGGAGCGCCUCCCGCCGGACUUUGACAUUGAGAAGGCCAACCACAAGUACCCGGUGCGGUACGAGGAGUCGAUGAACCAGGUCUUGUGCCAGGAGAUGCUGCGGUACAACCGCCUGACGGGGGUGAUCCGGCGGUCGCUGCAGGACCUCGACAAGGCGCUGCAGGGGCUGCAGGUCAUGUCGGCGGAGCUGGACGGCGUGUUCCGCGCCAUGAGCAUCGGCCGCGUGCCCCAGCUCUGGAAGAGCCAGUCGCACCCGUCGCUCAAGCCGCUGGCGUCCUACGUGUCGGACCUGCUCGCGCGGCUGUCGAUGCUGCAGACGUGGUACGAGGAGGGGCAGCCGCCGACGUUCUGGAUCUCGGGCUUCUUCUUCACGCCGUCGUUCACCACGGCCGCGCUGCAGAACUACGCCCGGAAGUUCAAGCUCGCCAUCGACUCGGUCGGGUUCGACUUCGAGUUCCUCGACGUCGACCAAGCCAAGUACACGGAGCCGCCCGAGGACGGCGUGUACAUCUACGGGCUCUACCUCGAGGGCUGCGCGUGGGACGCGGACGCCAAGCAGCUGUGCGAGUCCAAGCCGAAGCAGCUCUUCGCGUCGGCGCCCGUGAUCUGGCUGCGCCCGCGCGUGCUCGAGGACAUCGAGGAGCGCCCGACGUACUCGUGCCCCGUGUACCGCACGGCCGAGCGCCGCGGCGUGCUGGCCACCACGGGCCACUCGACCAACUUCCUGAUGUUCAUCGACACGCCGUCCGACCUCCCGCAGCACCACUGGAUCCUGCGCGGGGUGUGCAUGCUCUGCUCGCUCAGCGAUUAG